UCCGUGAGGAGUUGAAGGAAAAUAACAUUGAGCUUGAGAAGGUCCGAAUCUGCUACUCCCCAUUCUCAAGGACCAGACACACUGCACAGCAUGUUGCCUCUCGUCUUGGAAUUCCUUUUUUUGAGGAAGGACCUCCAGCACCUCAGUGCAUUGUUAUAAAUGAUCUCCGUGAGCGCUUCUUUGGUCCCACUUUUGAGCUUCAGUCACAUGAUAAGUACCAAGAGAUUUGGGCACUAGACGAGGAGGACCCCUUCAUGCGGCCUGAUGCGCAUGGAGAAAGUGUUGCAGAUGUUGUUUCCAGGCUUACAAAUGCA